AUGACAUUGGCCUUCAUCUUCCAACAAAACACUGAAAUCGAGUCUUUGGUACACGACCAAUUAGCCCAAAGGAAUACAGUCUUGCUAGCAAGGGGUACUAAAGAAUCAAACCGUUUACACAAGAGCUGGACCAAGAGCAGAUUUUGUCGGGACGUCACCAAAGCAUUAUCUGGAGAGCAGAUAGGGGCAAGCGAAGACAGACUGCCAAGCUCCGACGAUGACAGCGAGGUCGAUACCGAGGAUGCAACACUUCUUCAGAUGACACCAAAACCUCAGUCUCAGCAUUCGGCUUCGUGGCAAAGCGGUGCAAGUUACAUGUCACAAGAGAUGGGUCCACCUUCGAUACCGGAUCUCCAUUCCCCUAGUCUGCAACAGUCUACGGGCUCUUCGUCUCUUACACCGUUACCUGGCGACUGCUGGCGGCUGAUCGAGAUAUACUGUACUUAUACGCAAUGCUGGCUUCCUAUCGCAGACAAGCUUGAGAUCCUGAAGCUAUCGUAUUCUUAUCCGGAACGAGGACUGGCCCUUUCCUGCAAUAUGUCGAGCUCGGGAAGUCAUGCCGAGAUGUGGAGCAUGUUCGCAGUGGGUUCCUCGCAGGACGACAACAAUGUCACUGGAGAAAGCUACCGUGCAUGGUCGCCAAUCAAGCUUUACAAUAUUGCUAGACAACUCAUCCCUGACGAGUUAGGCAACUUCGAGUUGGAUCACGUGAAGGCUCUUCUUAAUCUGGCCUUAUUCAACAUUAGCAGAAGACUUUUUGAUGCUUCUUGGCAUCUAGUUGGCGCUGCUUUGCGGAUAGCACUCAUGCUUGCUGGAACAUCGGAUGUAGCUGCGUCUCGACGAAAGCAUGUCAUGUCUGGGUGUUUCGUACUUGACAGUCUCCUUUCUCUACAUUUGAAACGACGUCCUUAUCUCGACAGGGCUGAACUGUCGUGGAUGGGCAAGAUAGAAGAGGAUGGAAUGGAAGAAUGGCAGCCGUGGAGUGGGCAUCUUAAUCUUGAUCCAACGCGUCGGCCGAACUCUCCAACACUUGCCUUGAGUACCUUCAACGCUCUCCUAGAGUUGGUUGAUAUUCUCGGGUGUACCUCUAGGGAGCAGACAGCACCAAAUUUCCUACAUGAGAUGAUCGGUCGGCUUGAGAUGUGGAAAUCGGCACUACCACAGAAACUUGAAUACAUCCAGAAAGACUCUGCCUUUACUCCAGCAACGCCGCCCGCGUUACUCUUGCGAUUCACAUAUCUCGUUACUGCGUUCACGCUUGUCCCCUCACAGGCAUGGCUUCAGCAGAUCUUAGACAUGUUGAGUGUACUGCAACGGCAACUUGGAGCCACGAGAAUGCCAGCGAUCAUUGCUUGCCUAUUACAAAGUAUCAGGAGAAGUACCGUCAGUUUAAACCUAGAUCAACCGACUCACACCCGGAUUCGAGAAUUGUUUGCCGCGCUCGGCCAAUCAUCCUAUGAGCCUUCAGAAGGAGCAUCGACAGGUUCAAGGUCGGUAUCCAUUAGCCGAAGAGAUACAUCUUCAGAAAAUCCUGGGACUUUACAGACCUCUCCCCAGCCUCUUGUACCACAACUUCGUGGCCCGUUCGUUGAACGAUACCAGCAACCACCUGACCCUUCUAGUAUGGUUCAUGGCACAUUACCAGACAUGGAUAGCAAUCACCAAGGACAUAGUGUACCGCCAUUUGAACCAAACUUGUUCGACUUCGGGAUGGCAGGACCAAUCUUCGAUCCCCAUGAUCCCUAUAAUGCUUUGGUGUCUGGUGACCUGGGAAGCUUUCUCGAUGACUUCGCUUCGAAACACGGUGCCAAAAAACUGCAGAACCAGCCACAGUUCAUGGAGAAUCUAGGUUUCUCGUCAGAAGUCAGCAUGGCCGACCUGUUAGCAGCGGACCCUGGGCGGUUCAUGCCUACCGCGUCGAACAUGGGCGCUGACAACAGCGAGGAAUCUCCCCAAUUUCCGUUGAACACAUUUUAUGAUGCUGGAUGA